AUGGGUCUAAACCCUUUUGGGGAGUCAAAGACUGGAUCCACUGAUCGGCUUCGAGAAGUUGGAGAGUUGGGAAGUUUGGCGGCGGCGACUGAGAAAGAUAUCUGUUUCUCUGGAUCCUUCUCUCUUCCUUCUUCCACUUCUCUCCACCACAAUCUCCUCCCCCUUGCCCCUCUUGUCCUCUGUCAUCUUCUUCGACAGUUCUGUUGUUUUUCUUCUCUUCAAUCUACCGCUCCAGUACCUUUGUACCGAAGGCGACGCGACGCGCCUGCGCCGCUGGAAAUCCGCGGCGGCAGGAGCAGCUUUGCGGAUAUUCAGACCCUCAACUCUUCAAACCUCCAGAUUUUCGGCCAUCUAGUCUUCUACAGUCUUCCAGCUGACUACCCGACCCUUAUCCCCUGGACAUUCCAUCUUUUGCGGCCUGGUCCUCUCCAUCGGCAAGUAUUCAGUCAGUCUGGUUAUGUACCUGCUUGA